AUGUGGCGCAUUGGGUUAUCUGAAGAUGAAUUCCAUAAGGGAAGGCUCUACUUCGUUUGUGCUCGACAUGAGGGACCAUGUCACUUAUCGAAAUGGUGGGAAGAGUCUGUCAUGGAAGAAGUGAGCAAGUUGUCAUACAAAAUCAAAGAAGAAACCCAGAAAGUGCGUGUGGCAAUGCAGGAGGCUGCAGCAUCUAACAACUUCGAGGUAAUGUGUGUGACGAUGGAGGAAAUGAAGGAUGAUAUUCAGCUUUCGUCUGGAGGUGGUUUCAUGUCAUUCGGACCAGCGGUUCAGAAGAUACGACGAUUUUGGUUGGACUCGACCCACCAGCUCGACCGGCCAGUUUCCAACUCGAUCGAGCUGCUUUUCCAGGAGUCAAAGUCAAACCCGAAAAAUGUUGCUUCCCUUUGA